UGUGAGAGGGCAUGAGGCCGGCAGGGAAGCAGCCAGCCGCUGGGAGCCCCCUCCGCUCUCCUCUCAGCCACCCCGAGCUGGUCCCCCCCGAGGCCCCGCCUCUGGGUCCCCGAUGCCCUGCCACCCCAGCCCUCGCAGCCCUCACACUCCUCCGCGUGGUCCCGCCGGCCGUCGGGGCGCAUGGACGGGGCUGGAGCCCGGGGGACCCCCGCGGUCGCCAACAGGGGAGCGGGGCGCGGGGCGCCGCCAUGAGGAAGCAGAGCGUGCGUACGGCCGCACUCAUCCUGUGCAUUUUGUCGUACCUGCUGGUGGGCGCCGCCGUCUUCGACGCGCUCGAGUCCGAGGCGGAGAGCAGCCGCAAGCUGCUGCUGGCCCAGAAGCAGAGCGAGUUCCGGAGGAAGUACGGCUUCUCGGCCGAGGACUACCGGGAGCUGGAGCGCCUGGCGCUGCAGGCCGAGCCGCACCGCGCCGGUCGCCAAUGGAAGUUCGCCGGCUCCUUCUACUUCGCCAUCACAGUCAUCACUACCAUCGGGUACGGCCACGCCGCGCCGGGCACUGACUCGGGCAAGGUCUUCUGCAUGUUCUAUGCGCUCCUGGGCAUCCCGCUGACCCUGGUCACCUUCCAGAGCCUGGGCGAGCGGCUGAAUGCGCUGGUGCGGCGCCUCCUGCUGGCGGCCAAGCGCGGCCUGGGCCUGCGGCGGCCGCGCGUGUCCACCGAGAACAUGGUGGUGGCCGGGUUCCUGGUGUGCGCGGCCACCCUGGCGCUCGGGGCCGCCGCCUUCGCGCACUUUGAGGGCUGGACCUUCUUCCACGCCUACUACUACUGCUUCAUCACCCUCACCACCAUAGGCUUCGGCGACUUCGUGGCGCUGCAGAGCGAUGAGGCGCUCCAGAGGAAGCCGCCCUACGUGGCCUUCAGUUUCCUCUACAUCCUCUUGGGGCUUACGGUCAUCGGCGCCUUCCUCAACCUGGUGGUCCUGCGUUUCCUCGCGGCCAGCACCGACGCACCGGAGCGCGCAGCCCAUUGCGCCAGCCCGCUCCGCCCGGGGGCGCUGGAGACCCGCGGCCCCUCCCUGGCCCGCCGCCCACCCCGCACCCGGGGCCCCACCUCCAUCUCUUAUCGCAUCCACCAGCUGGAGAUGUCUGCCCGCGACAAUCUGGGUUUCUCGCCCCCCUCGAGUCCCAGAGCCAUGAGCAGCAGGCCCGGCAGGCCCCUGGUCAGGCGGAAGUCCAUAUGACAGCCCCACCUGGUGGGAGGUCCAGCCCGGAAUGGGAGGGUCUGGGUUCUCCUACCAGUGCACCCUCCCCAGCUUGGAGAGGGGUGAGGGGCCGCGGCCUCCAUGCUGUCUUCUGCCACCUCAUUCCCUUCUGUGGCUGGCCCCCUCCCUCCUCUCCAAAAAUACAUUAAAGUUGCAUCAUCAGCACAAA